AUGCCCCCAGCCUCGCCGACGUCGUCGCAGCGUGGGCGGCGUUCAAACGUCUCCCAGGCAUGCAUCAACUGCAGGCAGAGGAAGAAGAAGUGUGACGGUCGUACACCCAUCUGCAGCACCUGCGAGUCAUACAAGGAUGACUGCGUGUGGACAAACAAGACCGACUGGCGCAAGAACGUCUCGCGCGCCGAGGCCAACGGUCUGCGCGCGCGCAUUGCCGAGCUUGAAGCCAUGCUCCAGGCGCAGUCCGCACCCCGUCCGCCAGACAACAGCUUCACCGACGUGCCCAAGGGGUACACGGCCAGCUCGUCUGCAUCCCACUCGGACGUGACACGACCAUACAGCGGCACGUCGGUCGCGCCGCCCAGCCGCCCACCCUUGCCAGCGCCGUCGGGCCUUUGGGAACCGCUGCCCAAACCUCCGACAGCCAGUGGCUCGAUGCCCACGUCCGCUGGUGACAGCUCCCGUCCAAAGUCGAGCCGGUCGCGAUACACACCGCGAGAUUCCGGGUUUGACCACCAGUACAACUCCCUCGUUACCCCGGAGCGGGACGACGAAGACGAUGUAGAGGUCCUGAUGGUACAAGAUAACCGCGGCCGUAUCCGUGUCCAUGGCCCCUCGUCUGCGUUCAGACACGAGAACGCAGAAGACCACACCACUACCUCCUCGUCAUCGCCCGGUCAGCGAUUAGCAACCACCCAACGCCCGCCCUUUGCGGGCAGCGAUACAGACGCUUGGAAGCGCUACCUGCCCGACUUCUUCCUCACGCGCGCACAGCACGACGUGGCCAUUGACCGCUUCUUCCGUUACUUCGCUGCAUGGGCGCAGAGGUGCACCCCGCACCUCUUCUACCGCGACAUGGACAUUGCCCUGUGGACAGAGCAAGGCGCCGACCUGGCAGUCGUGGCGCCCAACUACUCGCCGUUCCUACACAAUGUCAUUCUCUCCAUUGGCCUUGCGUUCAUGGACGAGGAGCACCUGCGCGACAUCGCCACCCGACGGGUGUUCGUCGCCGAGGCAGACAAGUUCCUCGACCAGGAAUGUGCCAACCCCAGCGUGGCGACGGCGCAGGGCCUGGCCAUCAAGGGAAGCUUCUACAGCACCAUGGGCAACUACUCGGUCGGAUGGGUCAACCAAGGAAUCUCAGGCAGGCUGUGCUAUGCUCUCGGCUUGCACCUCAACACAGCUCCUCUUGUCUCGCGCGGCAAGCUCAGCCGCGAGGCCAACGUUCAGCGCAACGUCACAUUCUGGAGCUGGUACUGCCAGGAAGUCCUUUGGGCCAUCUACAUCGGCCGUAACCCAAUGUUGCAAGAGUACACCCUGCCCCCCAUGACCGCUGAUCCAGUGACCGACGAGACGCUGUGGACGUGGCCGCCAGGCCCACGAGAGACAUUACCACCGCAAAAGUCAUACCUCAGCCUUGGGCUGGUGUAUACUAUCCCGCUGUGCCAGAUUGCACUAGAGGUGCAGCGUACCAUCCACUCCGGACGCGCAGACAAGUUUGCUCUCGUCGAUUCCGGCGCAAUACAGCGCUUCUCGGACCGUCUUGACAACUACCUGUCAAGUCUACCGGGCCCCCUCCAGGUCAGCCCAAUGUCCAACGAACCGACUCUCCCGCACGUCCUCAUGAUCAACAUGGCCUGGGCUUGGACCGUAAUUGUGCUGUAUCAGCCGUUCAGCCAGAUUGUCUCACGCGAGCGUGAUAUUGCCACCCAAUAUCAGAAUAUUGGCACCCUGGCCAUGACUCGCGGCCAUCAAGCUGCGAUCAUGAUUGUGCAGUUGGCAGCCAUGUGGAAUGACCAGCACUCGCUACGGUUCACCCCUCCCACCCUCACCACCAUCAUCUACAGCGCCGGAACGACUUUCCUCCUGGCUGCUGCGCAGGCGUCCAACGAGGUCCACGCCACAGCGUCCUUGCGCAAGGUCCACACGUGCCUCGAGUACCUGCAAGAGAUUGGCAAGACCUGGGAAGCGGGGCGCCAGCUGGCCGUCAUCCUGCAAGACCUCGUCACGGACGUGGCGCAUGCGUCUCUCGAGGUGCCGACGUUCAUGGGCGACAUGCAGCGCGGGUGGCGCCACACCGACGGCCGCGGAGGAGUCUCCACGGGCGAGCGUACUUCACAGGAGAGCGCGACCGGAUCCCUGGAUCCGAGCCCAUCUGCGUAUCAGCCGGCGGCAUGGUCCGAAGACGCCGGCUUCGACCAGUUCAUCGCAAGCUUGUUGUCCCAGAACACAAACCCGAUUGCUGGGACUGCACAUCUCGUUGGUCUUGAAGGCCUCGCCCCCCUAGCCGAGUACGACUCGUCAAGCGCAGACGGCCGGACCGCUGCCAACGACGAUCGGCUCAAAGUCCACGCCCCGCCGAGUCUGGCGGGGCUGAGCGACGGCGAGGUUGCCCAGCUGGAUAAAGCGGCUACACGCAAGGUUGAUAUCCUGCUCAUGCCGACGCUUAUCUGCUUGUACAUUCUCAACUUUCUUGACCGCAACAAUGUCGCCAUUGCCAAGAUUGGCGGCAUGACAGACGAUCUGGGCAUGACCGCACAGCAGUUCUCGACCGUUGUUGCCAUCCUUUUUGUCGGAUACAUCUCGAUGCAGAUCCCGUCCAACAUGAUCGCGUCCCGUGUCGCGCGGCCAAGCGUGUACAUCUGCCUCAUGUGCAUGCUCUGGGGCUGCGUCUCGGCAUGUACGGGCGCGACAAGGUCGUUUGCCGGCUUGCUUGUGUGCCGCCUGAUCCUCGGCUUCACCGAGGCUGCCUUCUUCCCUGGCGCCAUGUGGGUGCUGUCCACGUUCUACACCAGCCGCCAGAUUGCACUCCGGACUGGCGUGCUUUACUGUGGUAGCCAGCUGGGCAAUGCCUUUGGGGGCUUGUUCGCCUUGGCGAUCCUCGAGCUGGACGGCAAACACGGCUUGGAAGGUUGGCGGUGGCUGUUCAUCGUCGAAGGCGUCAUGACUGUCGGCCUUGCGGCCAUCUUCGCGCUCUACAUCCCGAACAAACCUGCAACCAUGCGCUGGCUCACACCCCUGGAGCGCGACCGCCUCUUGUACCGCCUCGAGGCUGACCGCGCGACGAAGGACUACUCGGACGAGAUGCCCACCUCCCAGGCAUUUAGGCUGGCCAUCACCGAUGUCAAAGUGUGGCUUGUCGCCAUCGCCUUGACGGUCAACUUCAUCCCCGCGGGCGUCACAUCCUUCUUCCCUAUUGUCGUUGCGGACCUGGGGUUUAACCGCGCCAUCUCGCUCGCCCUCACCGCGCCACCGUAUAUCCUCUGUGUCUUCGUCAUUACCUGGAUGGGGUGGCACUCGGACAAGACGCAGGAACGCACAAUCCAUAUAUGCUGCGCGUUCACCGUCACCAUUGUGGCCAACGUCAUCGCCCUGUCAACGACCAAGAUCGCACCGCGGUACGUGGCCAUGAUGCUCAUGCCGGCGUCGUUCUACUCGUCGUCCAUCACCAUCCUGUCGUGGAUGAGCUCGACCAUUGUCGGUCCGCACGUCAAGCGCGCCAUCGCCAUUGCCAUCAUCAACGCCGUGUCCAACUCGCCCAAUAUCUGGACCGCAUACCUCUACUACCAGCCCCCGCGGUAUCCCGUCGCGUUUGCAGUAAACCUCGCCGCAAGCGUGAUGCUCAUUGUGGUGGUGCUGGGCAAGCGGACGUACCUCGCCAACCUUAACAGGCGGCUGGACAAGGGCGAGGACUUGGGCCCCAAUGGGCCCACGAGGAAUCAGGUCGAGGCCGGGUUCCGGUUCCAGCUGUAA